AUGCUACAGAUUCGAUACGCUCUGCCUCAACGACCCGCUACCUUGGCCGUCAUCGGUAUCGCUGCCUGGUACUUUGGCCGCGAGAACCCCAACUUUGCCAACAUCUUUGGUGGCACAGCCAAUUUGGACAAGUGGUUCUUCCUCAUUGCCAAAGUGCACGCUGCCGAGGCCGCUGCCAUGCUUGUCUACUCGCUUUACCGCGGCGCCGACCUGAUUACCACCAUCAAGUACACGCUCACCCAGCUCGUCGUUGGCUUCCCGACUUACUUCCAGUUCAAGAAGCUCAACAAUUAA